GCUUGUAAAACACCCUGGAGAGAAAAUGGCGGCGGCAGCGGCAUCGGCCCCUCAGCAGCUCACGGAUGAGGAGCUUUUCUCUCAGCUCCGUCGUUAUGGCCUGUCUCCUGGCCCGGUGACGGAGAGCACCCGCCCGGUCUACCUCAAGAAGCUGAAGAAGCUUCGAGAGGAAGAGCAGCAGCAGCAGCACCGGUCCGGGAGCCGCGGCAACAAGACGCGGAACAGUAAUAACAAUAACACGGCAGCCACCACCGUCGCAGCCGCGGGACCGGUGGCGGCGACCGUGGGGAUGGGGAUCAGGCCAGUCUCGGGCGACCUCUCCUACCUACGGACCCCUGGGGGUCUCGGCCGAAUGUCGGCCUCGGGUCGGGAGAGCCCCUUGGGAGAGCCUGGGGGCGCCUUGGCCGCCCCCACGGCUGGCAGCAAAGUGCUGCUGGGCUUCAGCUCGGACGAGUCGGACGUGGAGGCCAGUCCCCGGGACCAGGCCGGCGGCGGGAGGAAAGACCGGGCUCCGCUCCAGUACCGCGGGCUUAAACCGCCGCCGGCUCCCCUGGCCGCCAGCGAGGUGACUAACAGCAACUCAGCCGAGCGAAGGAAGCCCCAUUCGUGGUGGGGGGCCAGGAGGCCAGCUGCCUCCGAACUGCAGACUCCGUCGGGGAAAGAUGGAGCAGUGGAGGACGAGGAAGAGGAGGGAGAAGACGGUGAGGAGAGGGACCCGGAGGCCGAGGAGCCGCUGUGGUCAAGGCGGACGGUGAAUGGUAAUCGGCUUCUUCCCUACAUCUGCCGGGAAAAUUAUUCGGACUCGGAGGAAGAAGGGGACGACGACGUGGCCUCCACCAGGCAAGUAUCAAAAGACGAGUGCCUUUCCCGGCAUCGGCCCAGAAGGAGCCAUAGUAAACCUCUUUCUCAGCUGACUGCUAAAUCUGCCGGCAGCAGGCUGGAGACCUCGGUUCAAGGAGGGGGAGGAUUCGCGAUGAAUGACAGGGCGGCGGCUGCCGGGAGUCUAGACAGGAGCCGAAACCUCGAAGAGGCGGUGGCGGCGGCGGCGGCUGUGGAGCAGGGAGGAGGGUGUGAUCAACUGGACUCCAGCCCCAUUCCUAGAUACCGUGUUAACGCUAAGAAAUUGGCCCCUCUCCUGCCCCCGCCACUUACUGACAUGGACUCCACCCUGGAUACGUCAACAGUCUCACUUCGUAAAACCAAUAAUCAUAUCGGCGGUGGGGCCUUCAGUGUGGACUCCUCCAGGAUUUAUUCCAACAGCUUCCCUCCCAGUGCUGCUGUGGCCGCCUCCAGUUCACUCAGGAUCAAUCACUCCAAUCAUACCGGCUCCAAUCAUACCUACCUGAAAAACACAUACAACAAACCGAAGCUUUCCGAACCUGAGGAGGAACUUCUCCAGCAAUUUAAACGGGAGGAGGUGUCCUCCACCGGGGGUUUUAGUGCCCACUACUUGUCGAUGUUUCUCUUAACUGCUGCCUGCUUAUUUUUCCUUAUAUUGGGACUGACUUACUUAGGGAUGAGAGGGACAGGAGUAUCCGAGGAUGGAGGACUCAACAUAAAAAACCCCGUUGGUGAAACAUUUGGAAAAAUACAAGAAACUGAGAAAAAUCUUAUGAUGAACACAUUAUACAAGCUUCAUGAUCGAUUGGCACAACUUGCAGGAGAUCAUGAAUGUGGCAGUUCUAGUCAGAGAACACUGUCUGUCCAAGAGGCAGCUGCAUAUUUAAAAGAUUUAGGUCCUGAAUAUGAAGAUAUAUUUAACACUUCAUUGCAGUGGAUUUUAGAAAACGGAAAAGAUGUCGGUAUAAGGUGUGUUGGUUAUGGCCCCGAUGAAGAAUUAACAAAUAUAACUGACGUACAGUUUUUACAAUCCACAAGGCCACAGAUGUCUUUCUGGUGUCGUUUUCGACGUGCUUUUAUUACUGUAACCCACAGGCUAUUGUUGUUAUGCUUAGGUGUAGUGAUGGUUUGUGUCGUUCUGCGUUACAUGAAAUAUCGCUGGACAAAAGAGGAAGAGGAAACAAGGCAGAUGUAUGAUAUGGUGGUAAAGAUUAUAGAUGUUUUACGAAGUCAUAAUGAAGCUUGCCAGGAAAAUAAGGAUUUACAACCCUACAUGCCUAUUCCACAUGUACGAGAUUCCUUAAUACAACCUCAUGACAGGAAAAAAAUGAAGAAAGUCUGGGAUAGAGCUGUUGACUUCCUUGCUGCUAAUGAGUCUAGAGUUCGUACAGAAACACGAAGAAUAGGUGGUGCAGAUUUUCUAGUUUGGAGGUGGAUCCAGCCUUCUGCAUCCUGUGACAAAAUAUUAGUAAUACCUUCUAAAGUAUGGCAAGGUCAAGCAUUUCAUUUAGAUAGAAGAAAUUCACCACCCAAUAGUUUGACACCGUGUCUAAAGAUUCGAAAUAUGUUUGAUCCAGUUAUGGAAAUAGGAGAUCAUUGGCAUCUGGCAAUUCAAGAAGCAAUUUUAGAAAAAUGCAGUGAUAAUGAUGGCAUUGUUCACAUUGCAGUAGACAAAAAUUCACGUGAGGGUUGUGUAUAUGUGAAAUGUCUGUCUCCAGAAUAUGCUGGAAAGGCUUUUAAGGCAUUGCAUGGCUCUUGGUUUGAUGGGAAAUUGGUUACAGUAAAAUAUUUACGACUAGACAGAUAUCAUCAUCGUUUUCCCCAAGCUCUUACUUGCAACACUCCAUUGAAGCCAUCAAAUAAACAUAUGAACUCUAUGUCUCAUCUUCGUCUUCGGACUGGCCUAGCAAAUUCUCAAGGAAGUCCCUGAAAAGACCUUCUACCACUCCUAGGACUGUUACUUUCAAUAGAAAAAUUCCUGUUUGACUUCCCGUCUUUGUUUUUAAAUGCUUUUUGUAUGUAAUAUUUUAUUGAUGAAUAUAGUUUGAACUUUCCAGAAAUCAUAAGGUUCCAAAGGAACUUAGCAGUGAGGCAGUAAUGCUGAGUAGAUAGAGUAAUUGUUUUGUUCAGUUUUUGGAGUUCAGUUAAGCCAAUGCAUUUAAAGUUUGCAUGAGGAACAUUGACUUUAUUAAACAUUUUCAGAUGUGGUGGUUGUAUUUUUGCACCACAAAGUGUUUGAAUAAUCACACCAAAGCAUGGUGAAGAGGCUUCUGGUAUUUCCAUAAUUUCCUGUGAACUAAUAGUGUGAGUUUUUGUGUACGGUCAUCUUCAUAGUUCCUUACAGGCUGAUGUUGUAAAACUGUUAAUUUCCUAAUUUAACCCUGGGUUUCUUUUGUUUGUAAGAGAUUCAUUUGCUACUGCUGGAAUAUGGGGAAAUUGAUUUGGGUUUAGUGGUUGCAUUUAAGUAUAAUGGGAUGUACAUGUACUUAAACUGGCUUUUGUAUAUAUGUGUAAAUGCUGGUGAUAGCGAAAGUCAUCUUGUUUUGUGAGGAUGUCUGCAUUAAAGCAGUAAAAUAAGCUUCCUAUUUUAUUCAUAAUCUAAUAUGUGUGUAUAUAUGUGUGUAUAGAUGUGUGUGUAUAUAUUUAUAUACACACAUACACGUAUAUAUAUAGGUAUAUAAUAUGAAUGGCUGAACUAUCACAUAGAUCAAACAACCAAACACCUGGAAGUAUUAGAUACAAGUUUUACAUAGGUUUUAUAUUAAAAUGUCUGAGUAUGAUUUUGUGUGAACAUUCUGAUAUCAGUUGUAAUGGAUUCAAAUUUAUGUGAGCAAUAAAGAUGCAAUUGGCAGAUAUUGGAAAAAUAUUUUGUGAAAGCUGUAUUUAUUAUAAGUACUAGGGCUGUGACAUAAUACCUUUGGGAUAAAGUCAUUUCCCAAUCUAUUUAUAAUUUAAUGAAAUGUUAUCGCCCUGUUACAUGUCAAAUUUAAAGCGGGGUACAUUAUUGCAGCAAAAUAUGUAUUUGACGAAUUAUAUUUGCAAUUUUGAGUCAUGAAAGUUUGCAGUAUAGUAAAUGGACGAGUGACCAUUGCUUUGUGCCUCAGUAUUUAAUUUGUUUCAGUAAAGUUACUUUAUUACUGUUUAUGAUUUCAGAAUAAAUAUAGUUGCUGAGCAAAGUUUACUUGUAAUCUAACAAUUGGCUUUUUUUUUUUAAUGACUUGUUAAUAUAAUAUAUCAUCAGUCCGAAUGAAUAUGUCAAACAGCUGGAAUUGUACCAAUUCUGAUUUUAUUUAAAGCUCAGUUUUCCUUUACGUUUUAUUGUGUAUGUGUUGGUUGGGUUUGCAGCAUGAACUUGCACAGAUAAUGCACGUUUUCUGGUUAAGUAAACAUGAUGCACACUAUUCUGUAAAAGAAAACCCUAUUGUGCCUUACCUAUGUGCUUUUGUGGGCACCAUGUUUAUGAAGAAUAAAAAAUGAUUUGUUAUCUGAAGAGAAUAAAUUUUAAAUUCUCAGUUUGUCUCAGAUGCUAAAGUGUGAAAAUAUAAAUAUAUAUAUAAUAUAUAAAGUAACCAAUCUUUCUGUAUUUUAUGUGCAUCAUAGUGAUUUAUCUGAGCUUAGUGAUGACCUCAUCUUGUGACCUGUUGCAAGAGUGAAUGUAAAAAAUAGCUGUGGCAUUUUAAAAGGUCGCUUUUUGAUGUAGAUGCGUCUCUCUCUCUUUUUGCUUUUAAAAUAUAUUUCAUGUAAACACUGUACAUUUAUUAUUGUAACAUAUACUAUUAUGCGGCUUAUUUUACCUGAAAUUGUUAAGCUGACCAAGCUCCCUUCCUGCAAGACAGAUGGGAAUGUGUGUAAUAUCUAGAUAUUUGAGAAGUUUUGAAGUUUAUGUAAUGUUACUUGUCCUGUUUAAAGAAAAAAAAAGGAAAAAAUUCUAAUUAAAAAUUUAUUAGGGUUUUUUUUUAA